AUGGGCUCUCUGGAAGCUGGUCAUGUGGCAAGAGGUCAUGUGGCAAGAGGUCAUGUGGCAAGAGGUCAUGUGGCAAGAGGUCAUGUGGCAAGAGGUCAUGUGGCAAGAGGUCAUGUGGCAAGAGGUCAUGUGGCAAGAGGUCAUGUGGCAAGAGGUCAUGUGGCAAGAGGUCAUGUGGCAAGAGGUCAUGUGGCAAGAGGUCAUGUGGCAAGAGGUCAUGUGGCAAGAGGUCAUGUGGCAAGAGGUCAUGUGGCAAGAGGUCAUGUGGCAAGAGGUCAUGUGGCAAGAGGUCAUGUGGCAAGAGGUCAUGUGGCAAGAGGUCAUGUGGCAAGAGGUCAUGUGGCAAGAGGUCAUGUGGCAAGAGGUCAUGUGGCAAGAGGUCAUGUGGCAAGAGGUCAUGUGGCAAGAGGUCAUGUGGCAAGAGGUCAUGUGGCAAGAGGUCAUGUGGCAAGAGGUCAUGUGGCAAGAGGUCAUGUGGCAAGAGGUCAUGUGGCAAGAGGUCAUGUGGCAAGAGGUCAUGUGGCAAGAGGUCAUGUGGCAAGAGGUCAUGUGGCAAGAGGUCAUGUGGCAAGAGGUCAUGUGGCAAGAGGUCAUGUGGCAAGAGGUCAUGUGGCAAGAGGUCAUGUGGCAAGAGGUCAUGUGGCAAGAGGUCAUGUGGCAAGAGGUCAUGUGGCAAGAGGUCAUGUGGCAAGAGGUCAUGUGGCAAGAGGUCAUGUGGCAAGAGGUCAUGUGGCAAGAGGUCAUGUGGCAAGAGGUCAUGUGGCAAGAGGUCAUGUGGCAAGAGGUCAUGUGGCAAGAGGUCAUGUGGCAAGAGGUCAUGUGGCAAGAGGUCAUGUGGCAAGAGGUCAUGUGGCAAGAGGUCAUGUGGCAAGAGGUCAUGUGGCAAGAGGUCAUGUGGCAAGAGGUCAUGUGGCAAGAGGUCAUGUGGCAAGAGGUCAUGUGGCAAGAGGUCAUGUGGCAAGAGGUCAUGUGGCAAGAGGUCAUGUGGCAAGAGGUCAUGUGGCAAGAGGUCAUGUGGCAAGAGGUCAUGUGGCAAGAGGUCAUGUGGCAAGAGGUCAUGUGGCAAGAGGUCAUGUGGCAAGAGGUCAUGUGGCAAGAGGUCAUGUGGCAAGAGGUCAUGUGGCAAGAGGUCAUGUGGCAAGAGGUCAUGUGGCAAGAGGUCAUGUGGCAAGAGGUCAUGUGGCAAGAGGUCAUGUGGCAAGAGGUCAUGUGGCAAGAGGUCAUGUGGCAAGAGGUCAUGUGGCAAGAGGUCAUGUGGCAAGAGGUCAUGUGGCAAGAGGUCAUGUGGCAAGAGGUCAUGUGGCAAGAGGUCAUGUGGCAAGAGGUCAUGUGGCAAGAGGUCAUGUGGCAAGAGGUCAUGUGGCAAGAGGUCAUGUGGCAAGAGGUCAUGUGGCAAGAGGUCAUGUGGCAAGAGGUCAUGUGGCAAGAGGUCAUGUGGCAAGAGGUCAUGUGGCAAGAGGUCAUGUGGCAAGAGGUCAUGUGGCAAGAGGUCAUGUGGCAAGAGGUCAUGUGGCAAGAGGUCAUGUGGCAAGAGGUCAUGUGGCAAGAGGUCAUGUGGCAAGAGGUCAUGUGGCAAGAGGUCAUGUGGCAAGAGGUCAUGUGGCAAGAGGUCAUGUGGCAAGAGGUCAUGUGGCAAGAGGUCAUGUGGCAAGAAGUCAUGUGGCAAGAGGUUCAUGUGGCAAGAGGUCAUGUGGCCAAGAGGUCAUGUGGCAAGAGGUCAUGUGGCAAGAGGUCAUGUGGCAAGAGGUCAUGUGGCAAGAGGUCAUGUUGGCAAGAGGUCAUGUGGCAAGAGGUCAUGUGGCAAGAGGUCAUGUGGCAAGAGGUCAUGUGGCAAGAGGUCAUGUGGCAAGAGGUCAUGUGGCAAGAGGUCAUGUGGCAAGAGGUCAUGUGGCAAGAGGUCAUGUGGCAAGAGGUCAUGUGGCCAAGAGAGGUCAUGUGGCAAGAGGUCAUGUGGCAAGAGGUCAUGUGGCAAGAGGUCAUGUGGCAAGAGGUCAUGUGGCAAGAGGUCAUGUGGCAAGAGGUCAUGUGGCAAGAGGUCAUGUGGCAAGAGGUCAUGUGCAAGAGGUCAUGUGGCAAGAGGUCAUGUGGCAAGAGGUCAUGUGGCAAGAGGUCAUGUGGCAAGAGGUCAUGUGGCAAGAGGUCAUGUGGCAAGAGGUCAUGUGGCAAGAGGUCAUGUGGCAAGAGGUCAUGUGGCAAGAGGUCAUGUGGCAAGAGGUCAUGUGGCAAGAGGGUCAUGUGGCAAGAGGUCAUGUGGCAAGAGGUCAUGUGGCAAGAGGUCAUGUGGCAAGAGGUCAUGUGGCAAGAGGUCAUGUGGCAAGAGGUCAUGUGGCAAGAGGUCAUGUGGCAAGAGGUCAUGUGGCAAGAGGUCAUGUGGCAAGAGGUCAUGUGGCAAGAGGUCAUGUGGCAAGAGGUCAUGUGGCAAGAGGUCAUGUGGCAAGAGGUCAUGUGGCAAGAGGUCAUGUGGCAAGAGGUCAUGUGGCAAGAGGUCAUGUGGCAAGAGGUCAUGUGGCAAGAGUGUGGCAAGAGGUCAUGUGGCAAGAGGUCAUGUUGGCAAGAGGUCAUGUGGCAAGAGGUCAUGUGGCAAGCGGUCAUGUGGCAAGAGGUCAUGUGGCAAGAGGUCAUGUGGCAAGAGGUCAUGUGGCAAGAGGUCAUGUGGCAAGAGGUCAUGUGGCAAGAGGUCAUGUGGCAAGAGGUCAUGUGGCAAGAGGUCAUGUGGCAAGAGGUCAUUGUGGCAAGAGGUCAUGUGGGGCAAGAGGUCAUGUGGCAAGAGGUCAUGUGGCAAGAGGUCAUGUGGCAAGAGGUCAUGUGGCAAGAGGUCAUGUGGCAAGAGGUCAUGUGGCAAGAGGUCAUGUGCAAGAGGUCAUGUGGCAAGAGGUCAUGUGGCAAGAGGUCAUGUGGCAAGAGGUCAUGUGGCAAGAGGUCAUGUGGCAAGAGGUCAUGUGGCAAGAGGGUCAUGUGGCAAGAGGUCAUGUGGCAAGAGGUCAUGUGGCAAGAGGUCAUGUGGCAAGAGGUCAUGUGGCAAGAGGUCAUGUGGCAAGAGGUCAUGUGGCAAGAGGUCAUGUGGCAAGAGGUCAUGUGGCAAGAGGUCAUGUGGCAAGAGGUCAUGUGGCAAGAGGUCAUGUGGCAAGAGGUCAUGUGGCAAGAGGUCAUGUGGCAAGAGGUCAUGUGGCAAGAGGUCAUGUGGCAAGAGGUCAUGUGGCAAGAGGUCAUGUGGCAAGAGGUCAUGUGGCAAGAGGUCAUGUGGCAAGAGGUCAUGUGGCAAGAGGUCAUGUGGCAAGAGGUCAUGUGGCAAGAGGUCAUGUGGCAAGAGGUCAUGUGGCAAGAGGUCAUGUGGCAAGAGGUCAUGUGGCAAGAGGUCAUGUGGCAAGAGGUCAUGUGCAAGAGGUCAUGUGGCAAGAGGUCAUGUGGCAAGAGGGUCAUGUGGCAAGAGGUCAUGUGGCAAGAGGUCAUGUGGCAAGAGGUCAUGUGGCAAGAGGUCAUGUGGCAAAGAGGUCAUGGGCAAGAGGUCAUGUGGCAAGAGGUCAUGUGGCAAGAGGUCAUGUGGCAAGAGGUCAUGUGGCAAGAGGUCAUGUGGCAAGAGGUCAUGUGGCAAGAGGUCAUGUGGCAAGAGGUCAUGUGGCAAGAGGUCAUGUGGCAAGAGGUCAUGUGGCAAGAGGUCAUGUGGCAAGAGGUCAUGUGGCAAGAGGUCAUGUGGCAAGAGGUCAUGUGGCAAGAGGUCAUGUGGCAAGAGGUCAUGUGGCAAGAGGUCAUGUGGCAAGAGGUCAUGUGGCAAGAGGUCAUGUGGCAAGAGGUCAUGUGGCAAGAGGUCAUGUGGCAAGAGGUCAUGUGGCAAGAGGUCAUGUGGCAAGAGGUCAUGUGGCAAGAGGUCAUGUGGCAAGAGGUCAUGUGGCAAGAGGUCAUGUGGCAAGAGGUCAUGUGGCAAGAGGUCAUGUGGGCAAGAGGUCAUGUGGCAAGAGGUCAUGUGGCAAGAGGUCAUGUGGCAAGAGGUCAUGUGGCAAGAGGUCAUGUGGCAAGGAGGUCAUGUGGCAAGAGGUCAUGUGGCAAGAGGUCAUGUGGCAAGAGGUCAUGUGGCAAGAGGUCAUGUGGCAAGAGGUCAUGUGGCAAGAGGUCAUGUGGCAAGAGGUCAUGUGGCAAGAGGUCAUGUGGCAAGAGGUCAUGUGGCAAGAGGUCAUGUGGCAAGAGGUCAUGUGGCAAGAGGGUCAUGUGGCAAGAGGUCAUGUGGCAAGAGGUCAUGUGGCAAGAGGUCAUGUGGCAAGAGGUCAUGUGGCAAGAGGUCAUGUGGCAAGAGGUCAUGUGGCAAGAGGUCAUGUGGCAAGAGGUCAUGUGGCAAGAGGUCAUGUGCAAGAGGUCAUGUGGCAAGAGGUCAUGUGGCAAGAGGUCAUGUGGCAAGAGGUCAUGUGGCAAGAGGUCAUGUGGCAAGAGGUCAUGUGGCAAGAGGUCAUGUGGCAAGAGGUCAUGUGGCAAGAGGUCAUGUGGCAAGAGGUCAUGUGGCAAGAGGUCAUAGGUCAUGUGGCAAGAGGUCAUGUGGCAAGAGGUCAUGUGGCAAGAGGUCAUGUGGCAAGAGGUCAUGUGGCAAGAGGUCAUGUGGCAAGAGGUCAUGUGGCAAGAGGUCAUGUGGCAAGAGGUCAUGUGGCAAGAGGUCAUGUGGCAAGAGGUCAUGUGGCAAGAGGUCAUGUGGCAAGAGGUCAUGUGGCAAGAGGUCAUGUGGCAAGAGGUCAUGUGGCAAGAGGUCAUGUGGCAAGAGGUCAUGUGGCAAGAGGUCAUGUGGCAAGAGGUCAUGUGGCAAGAGGUCAUGUGGCAAGAGGUCAUGUGGCAAGAGGUCAUGUGGCAAGAGGUCAUGUGGCAAGAGGUCAUGUGGCAAGAGGUCAUGUGGCAAGAGGUCAUGUGGCAAGAGGUCAUGUGGCAAGAGGUCAUGUGGCAAGAGGUCAUGUGGCAAGAGGUCAUGUGGCAAGAGGUCAUGUGGCAAGAGGUCAUGUGGCAAGAGGUCAUGUGGCAAGAGGUCAUGUGGCAAGAGGUCAUGUGGCAAGAGGUCAUGGUGGCAAGAGGUCAUGUGGCAAGAGAGGUCAUGUGGCAAGAGGUCAUGUGGCAAGAGGUCAUGUGGCAAGAGGUCAUGUGGCAAGAGGUCAUGUGGCAAGAGGUCAUGUGGCAAGAGGUCAUGUGGCAAGAGGUCAUGUGCAAGUAGGUCAUGUGGCAAGAGGUCAUGUGGCAAGAGGUCAUGUGGCAAGAGGUCAUGUGGCAAGAGGUCAUGUGGCAAGAGGUCAUGUGGCAAGAGGUCAUGUGGCAAGAGGUCAUGUGGCAAGAGGUCAUGUGGCAAGAGGUCAUGUGGCCAAGAGGUCAUGUGGCAAGAGGUCAUGUGGCAAGAGGUCCAUGUGGCCAAGAGGUCAUGUGGCAAGAGGUCAUGUGGCAAGAGGUCAUGUGGCAAGAGGUCAUGUGGCAAGAGGUCAUGUGGCAAGAGGUCAUGUGGCAAGAGGUCAUGUGGCAAGAGGUCAUGUGGCAAGAGGUCAUGUGGCAAGAGGUCAUGUGGCAAGAGGUCAUGUGGCAAGAGGUCAUGUGGCAAGAGGUCAUGUGGCAAGAGGUCAUGUGGCAAGAGGUCAUGUGGCAAGAGGUCAUGUGGCAAGAGGUCAUGUGGCAAGAGGUCAUGUGGCAAGAGGUCAUGUGGCAAGAGGUCAUGUGGCAAGAGGUCAUGUGGCAAGAGGUCAUGUGGCAAGAGGUCAUGUGGCAAGAGGUCAUGUGGCAAGAGGUCAUGUGGCAAGAGGUCAUGUGGCAAGAGGUCAUGUGGCAAGAGGUCAUGUGGCAAGAGGUCAUGUGGCAAGAGGUCAUGUGGCAAGAGGUCAUGUGGCAAGAGGUCAUGUGGCAAGAGGUCAUGUGGCAAGAGGUCAUGUGGCAAGAGGUCAUGUGGCAAGAGGUCAUGUGGCAAGAGGUCAUGUGGCAAGAGGUCAUGUGGCAACGAGGUCAUGUGGCAACGAGGUCAUGUGGCAAGAGGUCAUGUGGCAAGAGGUCAUGUGGCAAGAGGUCAUGUGGCAAGAGGUCAUGUGGCAAGAGGUCAUGUGGCAAGAGGUCAUGUGGCAAGAGGUCAUGUGGCAAGAGGUCAUGUGGGCAAGAGGUCAUGUGGCAAGAGGUCAUGUGGCAACAGAGGGUCAUGUGGCAAGAGGUCAUGUGGCAAGAGGUCAUGUGGCAAGAGGUCAUGUGGCAAGAGGUCAUGUGGCAAGAGGUCAUGUGGCAAGAGGUCAUGUGGCAAGAGGUCAUGUGGCAAGAGGUCAUGUGGCAAGAGGUCAUGUGGCAAGAGGUCAUGUGGCCAAGAGGGUCAUGUGGCAAGAGGUCAUGUGGCAAGAGGUCAUGUGGCAAGAGGUCAUGUGGCAAGAGGUCAUGUGGCAAGAGGUCAUGUGGCAAGAGGUCAUGUGGCAAGAGGUCAUGUGGCAAGAGGUCAUGUGGCAAGAGGUCAUGUGGCAAGAGGUCAUGUGGCAAGAGGUCAUGUGGCAAGAGGUCAUGUGGCAACGAGGUCAUGUGGCAAGAGGUCCUGUGGCAAGAGGUCAUGUGGCAAGAGGUCAUGUGGCAAGAGGUCAUGUGGCAAGAGGUCAUGUGGCAAGAGGUCAUGUGGCAAGAGGUCAUGUGGCAAGAGGUCAUGUGGCAAGAGGUCAUGUGGCAAGAGGUCAUGUGGCAAGAGGUCAUGUGGCAAGAGGUCAUGUGGCAAGAGGUCAUGUGGCAAGAGGUCAUGUGGCAAGAGGUCAUGUGGCAAGAGGUCAUGUGGCAAGAGGUCAUGUGGCAAGAGGUCAUGUGGCAAGAGGUCAUGUGGCAAGAGGUCAUGUGGCAAGAGGUCAUGUGGCAAGAGGUCAUGUGGCAAGAGGUCAUGUGCAAGAGGUCAUGUGGCAAGAGGUCAUGUGGCAAGAGGUCAUGUGGCAAGAGGUCAUGUGGCAAGAGGUCAUGUGGCAAGAGGUCAUGUGGCAAGAGGUCAUGUGGCAAGAGGUCAUGUGGCAAGAGGUCAUGUGGCAAGAGGUCAUGUGGCAAGAGGUCAUGUGGCAAGAGGUCAUGUGGCAAGAGGUCAUGUGGCAAGAGGUCAUGUGGCAAGAGGUCAUGUGGCAAGAAGGUCAUGUGGCAAGAGGUCAUGUGGCAAGAGGUCAUGUGGCAAGAGGUCAUGUGGCAAGAGGUCAUGUGGCAAGAGGUCAUGUGGCAAGAGGUCAUGUGGCAAGAGGUCAUGUGGCAAGAGGUCAUGUGGCAAGAGGUCAUGUGGCAAGAGGUCAUGUGGCAAGAGGUCAUGUGGCAAGAGGUCAUGUGGCAAGAGGUCAUGUGGCAAGAGUGUCAUGUGGCAAGAGGUCAUGUGGCAAGAGGUCAUAG